AUGAGGACCGAGAAACAGUCUAAGCGACGCAAUGGAAUCCAAACAGUAUGCCGCGACUUCAAUCAUCUCGAGGGUAAUCUCGACCAUAUCGACGAGCGAAAGCUCCUGCGCAAGAUGGACCUCCGUCUCAUGCCGAUGCUAACCCUCCUAUACCUAUUCUCAUUCCUCGAUCGGGGUAAUAUCGGAAACGCCAGGAUUGAAGGCAUGGAGGAAGAUCUGCAUCUCGGAGGCACACAGUACAACUGGGCACUGACCGUCUUUUUCUUCACAUACACCGUGUUUGAGCUACCAUCGAACCUUAUUUUGCAGAAAGUCAGGCCCUCAAUAUGGAUACCGUCACUGAUGGUGGCGUGGGGGACGGUGAUGACUCUAAUGGGUAUCGUGACCAACUAUCACGGUCUGCUGAUAGCGAGGAUAUUCCUCGGUGCCACAGAAGCGGGUAUUUACCCGGGAGUGGCCUAUUAUAUCACGAUGUGGUACUCUCGUCAUGAAGCUCAGUUCCGCCAAGCCUUAUGCUUCAGCGCGGCGAGUAUUGCAGGUGCCUUUUCGGGGUUACUUGCAUUUGCGAUCGGUAAAAUGAACGGUGUUGGCGGGUACUCCGGCUGGCGCUGGAUAUUCAUUAUCGAAGGGCUCGCAACAGUUGUCGUAGCUGUCAUGUCAUACUUCUUUCUCUACGACUACCCUGAUACGGCAUCCUUUUUGACCCGAGACGAACGAGCUUGGAUUCUGCGCCGCUUAAGUCUACAAUUCUCCAACAAUGGCAAUGUGGUUCCCGAGGCUGGUGACUUCAAGUGGAAGUACGUGUGGGAUGCGGCCAAGGAUUAG